AUGUCUUCUCCCAGCUCCCAAGCGAUAGCUAGACAUAAAUUCAGGUACCCUAUCGGAGACACAUACGAUGGGGAAUGGAAUAACGAUGGCAGAAAGCACGGAAUUGGUGAACUUACCCUGGUCGACGGAACGAAAUAUACUGGACAAUUUCAAAAUGGGUUUUGCCACGGACACGGUGUUGCGAAGUUUCCCGACGGUUCCCUGUACGAGGGCGAAUUCGAAAACGGAAAAUACCAUGGCUAUGGAGUUUUCACGCGAAGUGAUGGGAUGCGCUUUGAAGGCAGGUUUCAGAGUGGAAGAGUCGAUGGCGAAGGCCGAAUUACCUUCCCAGACGGGAGCCAUGGGAGACCUCGACAAGAAGGCUAUUUCAUGGGAACUGAACUUGUAGAGAGACAUCGAGUGAACGAAUCAGUUCUCAAAGCACAACAGGCUCUUAAAAUGGCUCGAAAUAUAACGAUCUGA